CAGUACCGAUUUCAAGUAUAAACUGACCAAUUAAGAAGAAAUAGUUAAUCUGUUUUAACUUGAAUAAUCAUGUAUUAUCAAUCGAAAGUGAAAUGACUGGAGGCAGAAAUUUAAGAAGAUUGAAGAAAAGAGAACGAGAACAAAGAAUAAUAGAACAGUGAAGUCUGAAACGAAUGAUUGACAUUUUACAAAUUAAGUAUUUACUGUAUGGUUCUCAGAUUUUACUAAGACGUUCUGUAAUUUUGUGUUGAAAUACAGUUGAUUGUCCCCACUUGUGUUCUCGUUCACUACACUACGAUAACUAGAUGAUAUAAGCUUGAAUUGUAAGUAAUCGUUUCACUCUGUACUAGUAAGUUAAUUUUCCUACUUUUGUAUUUUUAGACAAAUAUGUUUAUGACCUCCCUUAACUCGGAUUUUGUUUUCUCCUUAGCACUUUACCUUCUAUAAUGGACUCGGAAAGUAAAGAAAAAAUAUCAUUCAGCUCUAAAAUCCAUUGCGUCUAUACAUCAGUUGGUAUUAAUCAUUUCUCUGGAUGCAGUUCUAUCAUUGCUGUCAGGUCAUCAAAUAAGUCAACAGUUGGAACGAUAUUGGCAUUCGGUUCUAGUCAUUUUAUAUGUUUAGCUAAAUCCUACUCUUAUCUAAAUGAUGAAAUGAUUAAUUUGAAUACAGAUUUUUCUCGAGACAAUUUUCGUGUUUAUCAAACGUUACCUGGUCACAAUUCUGAUGUCAGAUGUGUACGGUGGUUGGACUGUUGUUUUCAUAACAAUGGUUCAUCACAAGUUUAUCAACACACUAUGUGUUUUCUAAUGUCGUCUGAUAGUUGUGGUCUAGUGAUAAUUUGGGCCUGUCCAACUGAAAGUUUAAUCUGUCCUGAUGAAACAGAAAACUGGCAUAUAAUUAAUCAAUUCCAGACUCCGAAUAACUCCAUAAUAAAUUCAAUUGAUGGUUACUUUUUCCCUUCAUCGGAAAAUGACCGCUCGUGCUCAGGGACGUUAUUUCUAUCAGCUGCAGCGGAUACAUCAGUUCAUAACUGGUCUGUUCAUAUUUCACAGAAUCUGCUUACAAAUAAAUCAAUUUUAUUACCAUGUAUUUUAAUCAGUAAUAUCAUACGAGUUCCAUCACUUUGUCUGUGUCUCAGACGUUUUUGUAUAAAAUAUAAUUUCCAAACGUCCAGUGACAAUAUUGACGUAUCUUGGCUUCAUUUUAUUGUUCUUGGUCUUGACAACGGACAGACAGAAAUAUGGUCAGGUCAUCUGGUCAAUGGUGGUCAAGACAAUAUUGUUCGAAUAUGGCGUUUAUAUUCUCCAGAAAACGAUGACAGUGUAACAAGUCCUGGGCAUGCGAAGGCCAUUAGUCUUCAUCUUCCUGAAUGGUUUGCCACUAACAACAUUUGUAUGUGCGUAGCGCCAGAAAGUGUCUUAGCCAGCCAUGAAAAUUGGGUCACUGGUGUUCGCUGGGGACCAACAAUAAACGGUUUAUUCCCCCCUAAUUUGCUUACUUGUAGUAUGGAUAAAUCAUUAAUUAUUUGGCAGCCUCCUAGUGAAAAUGCUUUAGAUUCAUCGGAUAUGUGCAGUUUAUGGAAAGAAAAAGCCCGGUUAGGACAUUUUGGCGACACUGGAUUGAGUCUAAUGGACUGUCAUUGGUUCCCCAACGACGGUCACAAAGUAUUUGUACACGCCUUUCAAGGAAGUAUUUCAGUCUGGUGCCGAUCUGAUAAAGACUUUUGGCUUCCAGCAUUACCGUUAACAGGACAUGUCGGACCUGUUGCUGAUUUAAGUUGGAUGUCAACAUUCCCUGAGGAAAAUUUUAAGGAUGAUGACUCAUACACUUAUCUUCUAACUGCAGGAUUUGAUCAAACAGUCCGUUUACAUGCAUGCCAACCAAACACCAGUCAUGAAGAAAAAGAGUUGAUUCAAGAAUUUUGGUUCGAAUUAGCUAGACCACAAAUUCAUGGUUAUGAUAUGAAUGCAAUUGCUAGUAUUUCACCAAUAUUUUAUGUAUCAGCUGGUGAUGAAAAAGUUGUUCGUGUAUUUACCACUACUAAAGAUUUCUUAAACUCUUUUAAAAAACUAUACAAAUCACCAUCAAUUUGCUCAAAACUAGAUAGAAUUCUUGCUGAUAGUUUAAUACCUACAGGUGCUGUACAACCACCACUUGGUCUUUCAAAUCAAAUUGUUUCUAGUCCAUCUAACAGUAAUGAUAAUAAUGUCAUUGAAAAUCAUAAUAAUAUUGAAGACAACAGUGAUCGCAAUGAAUAUGUCAAUAAUGAGGAAAAAGAAAAUCUGGAUAAAGUUUGUACAUCUAAUGAACUUCCUACAGAAGAUCGGUUACAACAUGCAACACUAUGGCCAGAGGUAAAAAAGUUGUAUGGUCAUCCUUAUGAGAUAUACUGUUUGGCAGUUCAUCCACGCCAAUUUCUCGUAGCCUCCGCUUGUACAGCAUCAAAACCUGAAUAUGCCCAUAUUAUAUUAUGGAAUGGUAAUUCUAAUUGGUGUAUACACCAGCGUUUGCAACAUCAUCAGUUGACGGUAACUCAGUUAGCAUGGAGUCAUGAUGGGACUAGAUUAUUGGCUGUUUCAAGGGAUCGCACAUGGAGUUUAUGGUCUGAACAACCGAUGAAUAGCGCAACAGAAGGAACGAAUCAUCAACUUUCAAACUACAUCCUAUCUGCUUAUCCCAUUAAAGGUCAAAGUCAUUCAAGAAUAAUUUGGACUUGUGCAUGGAGUCCAGAUGAUAAAUACUUUUUCACAGGAUCCAGAGACUCAUCAAUUUAUUGCUGGAAUGCUACUGUCAAAAUACAGAAAUCAACGGACUGUCUGCCUCCUGAAGCUCUUCGUCGAUUAGACAUAUACAAAGAACUUGGAAAGUCAGUAACAGCUAUCGAUGUUUGCGAAAGUUUUAACUCAGAAUGCUCGUCUAAUCUCCAUUCGUAUUUAAUGGCUGUUGGUUUAGAAUCCGGUAACAUAAUAUUGCUUAAAUUAUGUGAAACAGGAUCAUCUGAGCGCUUUUUCACAUGGUCGAUUGUUUUAAAUUUCCCUUCAGAUUGGUGCCAUGUUCCAGGCAAAAGGUUAAGGCGAAUUUCGUUUUCACCUUAUAAAGAUAAUUACCUUAAAACAUCGAUUAAAUACAUGGCGACAUCUGGUGAUGAUGGAAUAGUUCGAAUUUUCAAAAUCAACAUUAAAUUAUUAUAA